AUGCUAAAUCUGUUUUCAAAAAGAUUCUUUGCUGCUUAGCCUGCUUCCUUUAAAAGAGCUUUGUAUGCUGGAAGUUUUGAUCCUCCAUCUUAAGGUCAUCUUGACAUUAUUGAAAGAGGAUUGCCUCUUUGUGAUGAAUUGCAUAUCGGAGUUGCCAUUAAUAAUCUCAAAAAACCCAUAUUUUCCUUGGAAGAAAGAAUAAGAUUAUUGAAGAAAGUUACUCACAAUAGAGAUAAUAUAAAGAUAGUUGGAGUUGAAGGAUUGCUUAUUAGAGGUAUUAGAUCAUUUUCAGAUUUUGACAGUGAAUUUUCAAUGGGUAUUAUUAAUAGAAGACUAAGUGGGAUUGAGACUAUUUUCUUAAUGGCAAGCAGCAGCAGAGUUCAUAUAUCUUCUUCAAGAAUCAGAGAGUUGGCAAUGUACGGCAGAAAGCUAGAAAACUUUGUGCCUCUAGAUAUUGAGGAGGAAGUUUAUAACCAUCUUUUUGAUUUCUAUUAGAAAAAUGGGAUUAAUAACAAGCCAAGAGUUUGA